GCUACUUUACAGGAUGGGCUCUUUCUUCACCCUGCUUCUCACCCUGCCCUCACUCAGCGCUCUUGACUGAGUGUGAAAGGCAUUUGGCAGAGAUGACUGACAGCCCUAUCUAUUGCACGAUAGAGCUGCCUGCCGCACCCCGAGUCCAAGAUGACUCCAGAUGGAAGCUCAGAGGCUGUGUCUCUGCAGUUGUCUUACACCGGCCUGGUUUCUCCUGCUUUGGGAUGGUGGCUUUCGGCCUAUUGACUGUGAUUCUCAUGGGUUUACUGAUGUACCAACGGAUCUCGUGCUGUGGUUCCAAGGACUCCAAGGACUGUGCCCAGUGCCCCAGCUGCCCCAACUUCUGGGUGAGGAAUGGUAGCCACUGUUACUAUUUCUCGCUGGAGAAAAGGGACUGGAAUUCCAGUCUGAAAUUCUGUGCAGACAAAGGCUCACAGCUCCUUACAUUUCCAGACAACGAGGAAGCGAAGCAGUUCCAAGAGCGCCUGGGCCAGGACUUUCACUGGAUUGGCUUGAGAAACAAUAAUGGCUGGAGGUGGGAAGGUGGCCCAGCUCUAAGCUUAAGGAUCCUCCAUAACAGCUUGAUACAGAAGUGUGGUGCCAUCCACAAAGCUGGCCUUCAAGCCUCCAGUUGUGAAGUUCCUUUAAAGUGGAUCUGUAAGAAGGCCAUACACUGAUGGAUGCCACUGUGUCCUGAGCCUUGGAUCUGCCGCUGGGUCUUUAAAAAGAGGGGACCAGCCCAUUGAAUCUUUGUCUACAAAUGUAUGCUUAUCAAAUGCCAAACCUGUUAUGAUACGCUCUUAGACAGAGGAUUAGUGCUGCCUCCUGAGGUUGGCAUUUUCCUGCUGGGCUUUCUCAGAGACUGCUUAAGUAUUAUGCUAGCCGUUUAAAGCCUAGAUCUGGGCAAAU